AUGGAAUCUCGACGACUUACAAUGUCGAAUCCAUCGGGUGUGUUCUCCAUCGUAGCUCAUGAAGCGUUAGAUCAUAUAGCUGCAGACGCCGAUAACGACGAAGCACUAAGUCAUGAAAAUCGAAUGCAACGCUCACGACGUCGAGUCAAGAUAUCGGCAAAUACCAUCUGCUUUUGGUUAAAAGAAAAUAAGACCGAUCUGAAAAUAUCGAGGAGAACAUACGGUGGUUCCGCUAGUCGUUGUAGUUUCAUUCGAACAAUGGAUAGUAGCUCAUUUCAGCUCUCAAAGAAACGUACGAGUCUUGUACAAGUACGUGACAUGCAGCGUGAUUUCAAUGCUCUACCGGAGAAAGUCUUAUUGGCAAUUUUCUCUUAUUUACCUCACAUCGAGCUUUUACGCUGUGCCCGUGUGUGUCGUUUAUGGCGUGCAUUGAGUCAAAAUUCGAAAUUAUGGAAAACGGUGUUUCUCCGACCCGAAUAUCACGGUUUACAUGUGAAAAAUCCGGAUGUAUUUCUUAGCCUCAUCGGCCAUCGUUUUUCGUCAUCAUUACAGUUUAUCGAAUUGCCUAUGGAAUUGAUCACGGCAGAUAUUUUGCACGAAUUAGCAAAUAAGUGUUUGAAUUUGAAAUAUUUAACCUUGGAUUUCUCAACAGCGAUGCAAUUACACGAUUUUAAUGAUUUGAAUGCAUUUCCAUGCAAUUUAAAGAUGCUCUGCAUUUGUUUAUCCGAGGUGAUUUUUCUCGAAGGUUUCAUGAGACGUAUCUAUUCGUUUCUAUCAUCCUUGGAAAUCUUGCAAGUCAUUGGUACAAUCGAGAAAUCGAACGAAGCGGAAGAAGAAAUCUAUGAAACUAUUAAUAUCAGUAAAAUCAAAGCUCAAACACCGAACCUUCGAGUUAUUAACUUGUAUGGUGUAUUCUUCGUUGAUGAUAAUCAUAUAGAAAUUAUCGCAGCAGGCUGUAUUCAUCUUGGAUGUCUGGCACUAAACUUUUGCACGCGUGUGAAAGGCACGAGUUUUAAAAAUUUGCUGUUACGUUGUAAGAAAUUACAAUCUCUGCUACUUCAGAAUACUGGUAUUGAAGACAGUGCUAUGUUAACAGCUGACUGGGAAUCAUCGAUUAUAAAUGAGUUGGACAUAUCAUCUACGGAUUUAUCUGAAAGUUGCCUUUUGAAUCUUUUUUCACGUAUGCCGAACCUGAGUUACCUUGCCGUACCAAGUUGUGAUGGUUUUACGGAUCAAGUUCUGGGUCUUUUGAUCGAUCAAGGCAAAUUAUUUAAUUUACGUGCGAUCGAUAUAAGCAAUACGGUUAAUCUUAAUUACGAAUCUCUACUCAGUUUACUCGCACUUCAUGGUCGUCAGUUGCGUGGUUUAUCUUAUGCUGGAAAUUCCAAGAUAACCGAACAAUUCUGGAUCAAUGCAAUCAAAAAUUUGAAAAAUAUUAGGAUCUUAGUGAUUGGCACAUCGCAUGGCUGGUUUAAAAAGAUCAAUACACGUAUUCAUAUCGAUCAAAUCUUGGAAGCGUGUGCACAAGAAUGUCAAAAACUUGAACGGUUAGAAAUUCAAUGGGAUCAGGAAACAUUACGAUGGAAUGAAAAUAGUUCGAAAUUUAUUGAUCAUAUUCGAAUUCGUUGUACAAAACUGAUUUCGUUGGUCUUAGCCGAUGGCGAGUAUUACGAACUUGUUCGCUCGAAUUUCGAACGAGCUGAUCGCCAGCGUGUUGUUCGCACGACGACAAGUGAUCAAACAAGUAUUGUUAGCCUACUGAACUAUUACAAUGAUCUACGAUUCAAUUAA